ACAUCGAAGAGAGUUAUCGAUAUUUUUUACAUACGAUACAUUUGUAUGAUUGUUAUUUGAGAAUUAGAAUCUAUGUUUUGAUUAAAAAACGCAUGCGUUUUUAGAAAAACUAAGCAUACAACUCAAAAAUGAGUACGCAACGCGGCAACACAUCGAGAACCAGGCCUCAAAAGCAUAAAAAUCGCUCUGCUUUUAAAAACGAUCUGCACGAUAAAACAAAUCAACAAAAAAAAUUGAAUUCGCUACACGUUUCUGAGGUUUGCCAACAUUGCAAGGAUGUUAUUGAAUGGAAAAUUAAAUAUAAGAAAUAUAAACCAUUGUCUCAACCGAAAAAUUGUACUCGAUGUCAACAGAGAAAUAUAACAAAAGCGUACCAUGUGCUUUGCCGUUCUUGCGCGCUGGAGGCAAGAGUCUGCGCGAAGUGCCUCAAAAAUGCUGAAGAGGUGAAAAUUGAACCAUCUCAGCCCACAACAGAAGAACAAGUCAAGUUGAAAGUUGAAAUGGAUCGACUUAUAAAAUCUUUGCCUGAACGUAAAAGAAGAGCUUUUAUUCGUUAUAUGAAUAAAGGCAAGAGUCAAGAAAUUUUAGAAGAGGACAACGAAGAGUUGGAGUCUCAAAAGCAUUUGCCGCGCACUCGAGAAGAGUUGCUGGAAAAGAUUGAGCUGCUUAAGUUAAAUGACGACAGUGAUAGUUUAGAAUCCGAGAUUGAGUCUGAAAGCGACUAUACUAUUUAAAUAAUAAGCACCUUAAAAGAUGUUCUUUUAAAGUGUGUUUUUAGAACGUUGUUUGACUUGUGAACCCAAUCUGAAAUAGGGUCUCUCAGCAUUGGUAGAUUGCAUACAAUAAAUUUUAUUUCAUAAAAU